AUGGACGCGGAAUCGGACAGCGUGGGCGACGAGGUGUAUGCCGACGAGGGCAUUGCGACGCGCGCCAUGCGUUCGUUGAAGCGUAUGGCGCGCACAUACCUUAACUACUUUCGUGUCCAUUUGAUUUGGUUCACGGUGGUGCCGCUCGUCGCGUCGGGCAUCAUGUACGGCGCGAAUGGCAAGGCGCACGUCAUUCCGUACAUCGACUGUCUCUUCAUGUCUGUGUCGGCGAUGACCGUCACUGGCCUGGUGACGGUGCCGGUGUCGCAGCUGUCGCUCGGCCAGCAAAUCAUCUGCUUCGUGCUGAUGGUCAUGGGCAAUCUCGUGGUGAACAGCCUGGUCAUCGUGCUUGUGCGCAGGCACAUGUUCGGCAAGAAGUUCCAGCACGUAAUGAAGCGCAGCUCGUCCGCACGCAAGCGCAUGCGCGACGUCGAGGCCCAGGAACGCAAGGAACACGAGGAGGAGAAGGAAAAGAUGCUGCGCUUUUUUGGCCUCGGCCACGAAGACAUCGAGGAGCGGCGCGCCAAGCCGACCAAGGCGCCGCGCAACCAGAAGAAGCCAAAGCUGAACGCGGCCAUGAUUCAGCGCAUCAACGAGCCGGCACGCCAGGUCAACCCAAACGGCGAGAUGACCACCAUGGUCGCCGUGCCAGAGCCGGAGGAGGCGCCGCACAGUAUCCUGCAGAGCACCGACGAGCCUCCGUCGCAGGGCGUGCGCAUCGCCGACGAGGCGACACACGGCAUCCUCCAGGAUGGCUCGGACAGGGCGUCCGAGUCCCAGGGCAUCCGCAUCGCCGAGCCCGAGCGCACCGACGAGGCGGCCCAGCCGGCCCAGACGACGCGCCGCCGCUCGCUCGACCAGGACCCGCGGCCCCACGACCCGGGCCGCGAGGUGCGCCGCGUGCACACGGUGGCGUUUGCCGAGCAGACCCGCGACGAGCCGAGCGAGAAACACACGCCGCCGGCGCGCCUCGCGCACGCAACAACGAUGCCGGCGCACCAGCUCCCGAUGCGGACCAUGUCGUACGACCGCAGCACAGUGCGCUCGGACACCGAGUCGCGCGCGCCGCGGCCCGGCGCCGCGCUGCACCGCACCAUGACGCGGAACAUCGACAAAGGUCUCGGUGGAUUCCCGUCGCCGAUCGACUACGCCAUGACGCUGCUCGACAUGAUCAAUGCGCGCAAGCGCCUGACCGUGCCGCAGACGUCGACCCUUGCGCCCACCGUCCCGGAGCGCUCGCAGUCGGGCGACGACGGCGAAGAGCGCGUGCGUUUUGCGCCGUACCUCACCUUUGACGCGCGCGUCACUGGCAACUCGCACUUUCACAACCUCACCGCCGCGCAGCGCAACGAGCUCGGGGGCGUCGAGUACCGUGCGCUGGAUGUGCUGGUGUGGCUCAUCCCGCUGUACUGGGUGUUUUGGGUGUUUCUUGCCCUGGUCAUCUCGACGCCGUACAUUGCGAGCAAGAGCGCGGCGCACUACCGCACCUUCCUCGAGACCCAGCAGGACAAAGCGCCACACAGUGCCGAGUGGUACUGGAUCUUUAAUGUGGUCUCGGCGCUGACCAAUACGGGCAUGUCGCUUGCGGAUAGCAGCUUCCAGGGCGCUAUGAGCAAUGCGUACAUGUUCCUCAUUCCGUGUAUGAUACUAAUUUUGGUCGGCAACACGGCCUACCCCGUGAUGCUGCGUUUUAUUAUUUGGUCGCUGUCCAAGUGCGUCUCGAUUGAGUCGCAGCUGUACGAGACGCUGCGCUUCCUCCUCGACCAUCCCCGCCGGUGCUUUGUGUACCUCUUUCCCCGCGAGCACACGUGGUUCCUCUUUGCGCUGAUCCUCGGCCUGACCAUCAUCGACUGGUUCUUUUUGAUGAUCCUCGACUUGAGCCGCCGCAAAGAGGCGUUCUCGGACGGGACGUGGGUCUUUGACGCUCUGUUCCAGUCCGUCGCCACGCGCUCCGCCGGCUUCCAGACCUUCAACAUUCUGAGCCUCGCCCCGGCCGAGCAGAUGAUGCAGGUGUUUAUGAUGUACCUCGCCGUGUUUCCGCUCACAAUGACGGUGCGUACGACGAACGUGUACGAAGAAGGCAGCCUCGGUGUGUACGACGACGACGCGGGCGCCGGAGCCAACAGCGGCCAGGGGCGCGCAGUGUGGGGACGCUUCCUCCCGGAGCAGGUCCGCCGCCAGGUCGCCUACGACUUGUGGUGGAUCGCACUCGCGCUAUGGAUCGUCCUCAUCGCCGAGCAGAGCAAGCUCGAGAACGAGGCACAGUUCCCGAACCUCACCAUUUUUACCGUGCUCUACGAGAUGAUCUCGGCCUACGGAACGGUCGGCCUCUCGUGCGGAUCGACGUCCGACAAGGAUGCGUCGCUCGCGGCCAACUUUACUGUCCUCUCCAAACUGAUCGUGUGUGCAGUCAUGAUCCGUGGCCGCCACCGCGGUCUGCCGGGCGCGAUCGACCGUGCGAUUAUGCUCCCGAGCGAGCUGCAUGCCUACGACGAGUCGCACGACGUGCGCAGCCUCGAACCGACGUCGACCUUGGGCGCGAUGAGCCUGCCUGGCUCGCUCGCCCGCACGUCGAGCAUGCGAACCAAUGUGUCAACCGGCGGCCUCCAGCGCACCGCUUCGGCACGCUCGGGUCCGGGCGCCUCGCCACAUGCAUUUCCCGCGGCGACCAUGACCGAAGAACCAGAGCUGCUAGACACGAUCCCCGAAGCAGCCACCCCCCGCGCACCCUCGGUGCGCUCCUUGUAA